UAAAAGGGAUGCCUCCUGAGCUCCGGACAAGUACGUGGAAAACAGCUGAUUAAGAUAAUAUGGCUACGACUCAAGUGUGGCAUAUAGGGCCAAAGCAUAAAACUUCAAAGGAAGCCGCUCUGUUUCCUAACAAGAUUGCCUCUGAGCAAGAGUCUAUGGUUUUGGUCAAAAGAUUGCUGGCGAUUUCCGUCUCUUGUAUAACUUAUCUCCGAGGGCUCUUCCCAGAAAACUCUUACGGGACACGCUAUUUGGAUGACAUGUGUCUAAAAAUCCUUCGAGAAGAUAAAAGCUGUCAGGGCUCACUACAGAUAGUCAAGUGGAUUCAGGGUUGCUUUGAUGCACUGGAAAAGAACUAUCUGCGUAUGGCUAUCUUGGCAAUAUAUACAAAUCCCAAAGACCCUGAGUGCAUGACUGAAUUCUACCAGUUCAGGUUCAAGUAUUUGAAGAAUGGACCUCAUAUGGACGUUGUUCGCACUCAGGUGAGCUCUACAAAUGGAGCAAGCAGUGAAGAAGUUAAGGAAGCCAGCAUCCUGCUGAUCCGCAAACUUUACAUCUUAAUGCAGCAUCUUGGACCACUGCCUAAUGAUAUUACACUGACCAUGAAACUGUUCUAUUACAAAGAUGUCACACCUAACAAUUACCAGCCCCCUGGUUUUAAAGAAGGCAAUGACUCAGACUCCCUGCUGUUUGAUGGUGACCCCGUGAAUCUCAAAGUAGGGGCGGUCUCUACCGGGUUUCAUGUCCUGAAAGUGAGAGUGACAACUGAGAGCAAACGGAUGGGGAUGCUGGAGAGCAAUUUAGUUGAGGAGAAUGGUCCCACCGAGAUCUCCCACCAGGGAUUAGACUGUGAUGAGGAAGAAGAGGAGAGCAGCACCGAAGCACAGGAGCAGCACAACUGUGAGGCAUCCUGUGUAAAGGUGGAUAAAAAUAGAAAGCAUAAAAGGAUUGCAGAGUCAGAUAAGAAACAUAUUUCACCCUUGCAUCCAAAGAGAACAGGAUCAAGCCAGAAGCAGGAGUAG